AUGUCAAAAAACAAAACUAAGCGCGCCCGCCGCGAAGCCAAGCGGGAAGAAUCCCGCAAACUUGCCGCAUAUCGCCGCAAGACUACCGCCGCCGUGAAACCCUCAUCGAAGCUCCCCGCGCCGUCUUCCAAGAGGCAGAAACUUCAUCCCGCCAACACAAAUAACAAGCCAGUACAGCAGGCCUCCCAGCGUCGCGUGGUCCCGUUCGGCACAUACGAUAAUAUAUUACUAGUAGGCGAAGGCGACUUCAGCUUUGCGCGGAGCCUCGCGAUUGAGCAUGGCUGCGCAAACCUAACUGCGACGAGCUUUGACACCGAGGAGGAAGUGCGGGAGAAGUAUCCGAGUUUCGAGGCGGUGGAGGAAGAGUUAGGCAGACUUACGCCGCCCGUCCCGCUGGUACAUGGAAUCGAUGCGGCGAAAUUGCGCGGGUACAAGAGUCUGAGGACCGAAGAGCCAUGGGACACAAUCGCCUUUCAAUUCCCCCACACCGGCGGUCUCUCCACAGACGUAAACCGUCAGGUCCGUGCCAACCAAGCGCUCCUCGUAUCCUUCUUCAAGGCCUGUCUCUCGCAGAACAAGCCCUCUCACAAAGCUCCCGCAAGAGAGUUCCUGAAAAUAGGUGGCAGGGUUAUUGUCACGCUGUUUGAAGGUCCGCCAUACACGCUGUGGAAUGUUCGUGAUCUGGCGAGACACUCUGGUUUAAAGGUGGUGGAGAGCUUUAAGUUUGAUUGGGCCGACUACCCGGGGUAUAAGCAUGUGAGGACGCUUGGGGCGCUUGAGGGUGGUGGGGCGUGGAAAGGGGAGGAUAGGGAGGCGAGGAUGUAUAUUUUUGAGAAGGUUGCGGGGGAGAGCAGUGAGGGAGAGAAGAGAGGCGAAGAAGCUAAGGCGAGAGGGAAGAAGAGAGGUAGAGAGGAGAGCGACGGUGAUGAUGAUAGCGAGGAUUGA